GCUGCAGGCUGGUGGGGAAGCAACAGCUUAGCAUCCCAGGAUCUCCAGCUGCCCUCAGUGGGAAGAGUGUGAGACAGAGAGAGAGAAAGAGCAAGAGUGAGAGAUUCCUUCCUGCACUGGCACGAUGCGUACUCUCAUCAUCCUUACACUGCUGGCUGUCUUGGUGGUAGCUGCUAUGUGCUAUGAGUCCCAUGAGAGCAUGGAAUCCCAUGAGUAUCUCAAUCCCUUCAUCAGCAGGCGAAGGGCCAACGACUUCAUACAAGCUGAUGGGAGACUGGAAGCCAUCUCUCAGGAGAGGAUCAGGGAACGUGUUAAGGCACCCCGGGAACGUCAGAGGGAGAUCUGUGAAGACUACAUCCCCUGCAAACAGUACUCUUUGUACCGUGGCUAUGCUGCUGCUUACAGGCACUAUUUUGACAGGAGGAGAACUAAAUAAAGGAUGACCUGUCUCCACUCUGGGGCCUGGAGCCUGGGGUAUAAAAAAAAAAAAAAAGCCUGCUCUGAAACGUGCUCAGUUGCUUGUGUCCCUGUAUGUUACCCUGCCUGCUGCUUCUCUCCCAUGUAGCCAUGGUUUCCUACACUGUGUUAAUUAGUGCUGAGCUGAUGUAGCAGAGAUCAGAUAGAGUUCAGGAUGUGGGUGUUUACUGCACAAUAAAU